AUUAUCAAUUAACAUAUCACUAAUUCUUGUUGAAAAUUAAUUUCAUAAAAAAAUAUUCUAUAAAUUAUUUGAUUUCAUAUAGUAUUUUCUUCUUCUUCUUCCUUUUUUUUUUUUUUUAGUGAUUCUCGAUCUUACAGGUAGCGUCACAACAGUAUUCUCUCUGCCUUGAUAUAAUGAUUUUAGGAUCAUAUUUUCGUAUUUGAUUAAUUUUAUUAUUAAUUUUUUGUUUAUUGAAUCUUACGUGUGCUUCAAAUUUCAUUGUGCCUUCGUUUCUCCGUUGAUUUUUUUUUUUUUUUUUUGAUUUGGCUGUUUGGAAUUUCUAGUGUUCUUUUAAGCUCUUUGUGAUAUUUAUGUAAUUUGAUUUUUUCUUCUUUGUGGUGUGCAAUGAAUAAUGGUGAUGAAGAAAUGAACUUAUGGUAAUGUGUUUGCAAAGACACAAAUUUAGCCACUGUUUCGUGUAAAAUUUUCUGCGAAAAUUUAGGUUCAUUCGUUUUUAAAUGAUAUUUGCUACGUAAUUUGUUAUGUAACAAAAUGUGAUUUCAUUGGUAGUAUAUGCAAUGAACCAGUAUUGUCCUGUGCUGUACUUUGCAUUUUUUUUAGUUUCAUUGCUAGCAUACUAAUAAUUGGUGUUGGAUCAUGAGUUAAAAAGAUGAAACUAAUAUAACUGUUUGUUGAUAUAGUUUGGUUCAAUUGUGCUGUUAAUUAGAGUUAAAAAAAAUGGAUGUGGAAAUACUGUCUUAGCUCAUCUUUUCAUUUUACUCAAGGAAUUUAGUUUCCUGUCCCUUUUUUAGGGGUUAGGUUUUAUAAUUGUACAAUGACUAGACCAACAACUCGAAGUAAAAAUAAAAGGCAGAGACAGGGGGAUGAUGAUGGUGGUGGCACUUCUGACAUAUGGAGGAAAAUUCACAUAACGGGUGCGGUGACUGAAGAUGAUAUGAAUCAACUGUAUAUGAUUUGGAAGCCAGUCUGUUCAGGCUGUCGUGUUAAUACUAAAGACAACCCGAAUUGCUUCUGUGCAUUGGUUCCACCUGCGAAUGGUACCCGAAAGUCUGGUUUAUGGCAGAAGAUGGCCGACUUUGUCGAAAGUCUUGGUCCCGACCCAAAUAUGGAUCUUCGUGUUUCUGAUAGUUCACCUGCAGGUCUGACAAAUCUUGGCGCAACAUGCUAUGCCAACAGUAUACUACAGUGCUUGUAUAUGAAUAAAUCUUUCCGAGAAGGCAUAUUUUCUGUAGAACCGGAUGUUUUACAACAACAACCAGUGUUAGAUCAACUGACUCAACUUUUUGUACAUUUGCAUGCUAGUAAAAUGGCUUUCAUAGAUUCUUCUCCAUUUGUAAAAACAUUGGAGCUAGACAAUGGAAUUCAGCAGGAUAGCCACGAGUUCUUGACAUUGCUUCUGUCAUUACUUGAGCGUUGUUUGAGCCAUUCCAAAAUUGCCAAGGCAAGAACAAUAGUUCAAGAUCUUUUUCGAGGAAGUGUGUCUCAUGUGACAACGUGUUCGCAAUGUGGAAGAGACUCUGAGGCUUCUUCCAAAAUGGAAGACUUCUAUGGGUUAGAGUUGAAUAUCAAGGGACUGAAAGGUUUAGAUGAGAGCCUAGAUGAUUAUCUUGCUAUUGAAGAGCUUCAUGGAGACAAUCAAUAUUUCUGUGAGUCAUGUAAAACAAGAGUUGAUGCUACUCGCAGCAUCAAGCUGUGUACAUUGCCUGAUGUACUUAAUUUUCAACUUAAACGUUAUGUCUUCCUUCCACAGAAUACAAUGAAGAAGAAAGUUACUUCUGCAUUUUCAUUUCCUGCUGAACUUGAUAUGCGCCAUAGAUUGUCUGAGCCAUCUCAGUUUGAAUUGAUAUAUGACUUGUCAGCUGUACUGAUUCACAAAGGAACUGCUGUUAAUAGUGGUCAUUACAUUGCCCAUAUCAAGGAUGUAAACACUGGGCAAUGGUGGGAGUUUGAUGACGAGAAUGUUACUAACUUGGGUUGCCAUCCAUUUGGGGAAGGAACUUCUUCUACUUCUAAAUCUGUUAAGACAGAUGUACUUCAUUCUAAUUGCUCUGAAGCAAUGCUAGCUGACAGUAAUGGUUUAGAUGCCACUCAUGCGCAAUCUUUGCUUGUGGAGACAUUUUCAUCUAGUGAUGCUUACAUGUUGAUGUACCAUCUUAAGCAUAGCAAAAAUGUUGGUGAAAAGGGGGGAAUCGUUUAUGGUGCUAACCUUGAAGUAGAGGGCAAUGCAGUUACUGCACAAGACAGUGCUUGUCUUCCUUCUCAUUUUUGCAAAGAGAUUCAAAAUUUCAAUGCUUCAUAUCUUGAUUCUUGCGAGCAGUACAAACAUAGGAAAGAGUUAGAAUUGAGCCAUAUCAAUGAGAGGAGACAGGAAGUUCGAUCCAUUUUAGCUGAAGCUCCUACUCAACCACUGGAGCAACCGUAUUUUUGGAUUUGUAGUGACUGGCUUCGCCAGUGGGCUGACAACAUUAUUCCAAUUGCUCUUGACAAUACAUCUAUCCAAUGUUCACAUGGGAAAGUCCCAGUGUCAAAGGUUACCUCAAUGAAGCGAUUAUCUUCUAAAGCAUGGGAUAAAUUAUUGUCUAAGUAUGGUGGGGGACCAACUCUUUCUCAUGAAGACUGUUGUUGGGAUUGUCUGAUUGAUGGGGCUCAGAAUGUGGUGUCAGCUGACACUUAUCGGGAUCAAAGAGAAUCAUUGAAGCGACUUGCACGGGAUAUUCUCGAUGGAAAUUGUGAAGACGGAAUGUACUAUGUGUCUAGACCAUGGUUGCAGCAAUGGUGGAAAAGAAAAGUUGUUGAUGCUCCAUCUGAAGCUGAUGCUGGACCAACAGCAGCCAUUUGUUGUCCACAUGGGCAACUUAUGCCUGAGCAAGCUGUUGGUGCUAAGCGGUUGCUUGUUCCUGAGGAUUUCUGGCUUUUCUUAUAUAAAGAUGCCAUUUCUGUAAAACCUGAUGAUCCUCUAGGUUGCCCUACUUUUCCUUUAGACUCCAGAAGGUGUUCCCAAUGCAGUGAUGAAUUAUCUGAAGAGGCUUGCUUGGAGGACUCUUUGAGAUUAGUAAAACAAAUGCAACGCCAAAAUCAUGAGAAAUUAUUUGUUGGUAAAAGUAUGCCGCUUUCUCUACAUUGCAAGUAUUUCUUAGUUCCUUCUUCGUGGAUUUCAAAAUGGAGAAAUUACAUUAAUUUGGCUGUCAAGAAUUCAGAUAAACCUGAAACUUUAGAUGGGGUAAUCGAUUCACUGAUGUGUGAAAAGCAUUCACGGCUCAUUGAAAGGCCUCCUGAACUGGUUUUCAGACGUGGUGCUAUAAUUGCCAGAGAAUCUUCUGUAAGUGGCUUAACCAUCAUAUCUGAGAAUGAUUGGAAAUGCUUCUGUGAAGAAUGGAGUGGUAUUGAGACCAAAGGAAUAUCUGCAAGAAUUGAGAAUGUUAAUGAUUCAGAAAAUGCUUUGACUGGAUCCUGCAGAGAGAUGCCAAUAUGUGAGGAUCAACUUAACACUUGGGAUAAAGUGAAUAAUGAAAGUGGGAAUGGACACAUUGUGAUUAAGACUUGUCCUGAGGUUUGUGAAAGUUGCGUUGGAGAAAAGGAAAGCUGUGAGUUAAUGCAGAAACUUAACUAUUGCAAUCAGGACAUUAGUGUAAUUCUUGUCCGUGGAAAGGAGGUCCCUAAAUCAAUCUUAGAGGCUUCAAAGGGCUUUGUUGAAAUAGACAGGCGGGUUUCCAAACGUUCCCGGAAGACUAAAAAUGGGAGUUCCAUUAGUCUAAAAGUUUCUGCUUCAACAUCUAUUUACCAGCUGAAAAUGAUGAUAUGGGAAUCCUUUGCGGUUGUCAAAGAAAACCAGAUACUACAAAAAGGUGAUAGAACAAUUGAUGUUGAUAAUGAAUAUGCUACGCUUGUGGAUGCAAACAUAUUUGCUGGAGAUCAGAUUAUUGUGAGGGACUCCGAGAUCCAUGAAAAUCGAGAUAUUGCAGAUGAGCUUUGUGAUGAGGAAAUGGAAACACAACAUACCGAGGCAGGAUUUCGUGGAACACUCUUAACAUCGAACGUUUCAUCUCAGGUGGUUUAGGAAGAGCACUUUCAGUGGUAUCAUCUUUAACAUUAGUGUAUAUACAAGUUCUAAAGAUAAAAAUCGAGUGAGAAAAGGAAGAGGGUGGUGCGAUUUAAUUAUGUAAAUCUAUGUGCCUGAACUUUACAUACAGGUCCUAAAGCCAAGAUAAUGGCAAAUUUUGGAAUGUUUCUCUUUUUGUUUUGGUUUGUGUGUGUGAGCAAAUGCUCGAAGGUUGAGCUAGCUACCUCAUUUAAAAGUGAAGGUAUGUCACUUGCACUUUUAGAUAGCCUAAUACGAGGGAUUUUGAGCAGUGGUAAUCAAAUUAAUGAAUUACAUGCAUAGUGCAUUAGUCCGUACUAGUUAAUUCAAUAUCAAUUGGCAUGUAUUUCCUUGCUAGUCAAGUA